UGAAAGCCCCGACCAGGCCGAAGAGGCCGAGGACAAAGGGCCAGGAGGUGGGGGAUCCGGGACACCCUGCGUAUGGGCUCCUGAGCUAGAAGCAGUCCCCACCGGGCCCAAGGUGGGGCUGCACAGGCCUGUCCCUCAGGCUGCAGACACACGACCACCCCUCCCCAGCAGCCCUCCACCCGCUCUCUGCAGGUCUCGGGCUCCGGGUCAGCUAUGUCCUGGGUUUCUCAGAAGUCGGUCAAUCGGUUAUAAAACAUCUGUGGGUGUAUGGAACUUCCAGCGCAUCGCUACUGACAAUCACUCUUCCAGGGCAAGAGCGUCAUUCGGACAGGUGGGUGAGUCCCAGGGGCAGGCACAGGCCGUGCCCGGCAGGGGGCGACGAACCCGCCUCUUCACAGGGUGCCGGGCGCGAGGGCCCGGGAGGCCCGCAGCACCUCUGCCUGGCCGGCGGGUGCAAAGGCUGGGACCGCCUGCUGCGUCCAGAAGACCUGGGAGCCUCCUUGGUGACCUUUACCCCUGCACGGCCCGGCCUGGCCCGGCCAGCAGGAGGGCUCCGCCCCACAUCCGGUGGGCCCAACCCGGAGCCUGCAAGUACUCAGCGGAGGCCACGGGCCGGACGGGGCCAGAAGACGGCCAGGGAGCGAAGGGCACGCCGGAGGGCAUGCAAGGAGCUGGCGGCGCAGGGCAGCCCCCAGACCCCAGCACGGAGGCCGCCCGCCUCGCCACCAGCCCCGGGCGGAAAAGCUCCGGCACGGGAGCUGCACAGGGGCCCACGGUGCUGCCGAGCGCGGCCCUGCGCCCGGGGCCAGGCCCUGCCCAGGAGCGCUCGGGCUGUCGGGACUGCAGCCGCACCUUCUUCCGGAGUCCCUGCUCCAAACUCCCCCAGGAAACCCUGGCGCUUCAGGACUGCCACCAGGCCCGCCUGAGCGCUUACAGCUUACCGAAGUCGAGGGUCCACCGCGGAACCAGCAGUGCGGGGCCAGCCCGGCCGUGGUUCCGCCCUCCCGGGACAACCUGUGCCCGUGGAGGGCACCGGCGACACUGCGCGGCCCAACCUCACCAGCGCCUCGGGGAGCGCCAGAGCCACCGCGCUCAGCGGGAAGGCGGAAGAGCGGCUCCACCCCCUCGCAAGGGCCAUCUGCGGAGGCCGGGCCCCCACUCCCCCACAGCCCGCGGGGGCGGCGGUCUCCACUGGCGGCCCGCGCCGCCCCGUGCACCCCAGCGGCUCUACGUUCACCGGAAAACUCCUGCUCACCCGGGCAUGGAGGCGCACACCUGUAACUCCAGCAAUUCCGGAGCUCUCAGGAAGCUGAGGCAGGAGGACUGCCAGGAGUUCAAGGCCAGCCUGGACUCCAAACACCCUCCCUCUGCUGCUGCCCUGGGGCCCCUCGCCCAUGAGGACAUGGAGCUGGACCAGCUGGACCUGAACCCCCGAGUCCUGGCGGCCGUGAAGAGAGCCAGCCUGAAGUCUGUGAAGGAGGUUCUGUGCAUCUCUGGACCCGACCUGCGGAGACGCACUGGCCUGUCCAGCCCCGACGUCCAGCACUUGCUGACAGCAGCUGCUACGCACCUUCGGGGCCACUGUGUGCUUACAGCGCUGCAGCUGUACCAGCAGAGGGAGCGCUUCCCCACACAGCACCAGCGCCUGAGCCUCGGCUGCCCACAGCUGGACCGGCUCCUGGGCGGUGGGCUGCCUCUGGAUGGUAUCACGGAGCUGGCCGGCUGCAGCUCGGCGGGGAAGACCCAGCUGGCGCUGCAGCUCUGCCUGACGGUGCAGUUCCCACGGCAGCACGGGGGCCUGGAGGCCGGGGCCAUCUACAUCUGCACGGAGGACGUCUUCCCCAGCAAGCGACUGCGGCAGCUCAUUGCCCAGCAGCCACGGCUGCGAACGGAUGUGCCAGGGGAGGUGGUCCAGAGCAUCAGGUUCGGGGACCGGAUCUUCAUCGAGCACGUGGCCGACGUGGACGCUCUGAUGGAGUGUGUGAGCCGCAGGGCCGCCCUGCUGCUGUCGCGGGGCCUUGCGCGCCUGCUGGUGGUGGACUCGGUGGCAGCCCCGUUCCGCUGUGAGUUCGGCAGCCAGGCCUCGGCAGCCCGCGCCCAGUGCCUGCAGUCACUGGGGGCCGCACUGCGCCGCCUGAGCAGCACCUUCCAGAGCCCCGUGCUCUGUGUCAACCAGGUGACGGAGGCCGUGGAGCAGCCAGGGCCCCAGGACAAGCACCUGUGCCCAGCCCUUGGCAUCACGUGGGCCAACCAGCUCCUCAUCAGGCUGAUGGCCGACCGCACCCGCGAGGAGGAGGCCGCACUGGGCCCGGGCAGCCGCCCGGCCCGGACCCUGCGUGUGGUCUUUGCGCCCCACCUACCCCUCUGCUCCUGCUCCUACACAGUCAGCGAGGAAGGGGUGCGGGGGACGCCAGGGACCAUGGCCUCAGACACGGGGCAGCUGCAGAACAGCCUGGCCCAGGUCCCGAGAAGCCUGAUUCUGACUGAGCAAGAACUGGGUCGCAGGGACCCAGGCAUCAAAGUCGCCGAGGUCUCCCACGAAAACACCAGCUCCUCAGGAGGGAGCAGGUGACAGGGUUGGGGUGCUAGCUCUGCCCAGCUUGUUGGGCCUUGGCACUUGCCCCACACUCAGGCCCCUGGAGGAUGGGGAGCUCUCACUGGGGCCGGUGGCUUCUGGGGUCUCUACAGUGCCACCCUAAGCACAAGGGCUGCUCGUGCCGUUCUCUCCUUUCUCCCUAGUGUCCACCCCGGACGGGGUGAGCAGCUUUCCCAGCUACCAGCACCUCCCACAAAGUCCUAUGUAGGUCCCCACAACCCCUGAGGCCUGGCCCAGGAGCACCCCCCGGCCCUAGUGCAGGUGGAGGAGAUGCCAGGAUGGACCCACAGGGACAAACCACGUCUGACAUGCCCUGCCCCAAGCCCAGCUGGGGAGUAAGGUGCUGCCACCUGCCUGGCCCCUGCGCCCCAGCCCAGCCAGGGUGCCAGCCAUCCAGCAGUGGGCUCUUGUGACCCCAAACCAGACCCCUGGUCAUGGACACAAGGCCCAGUGAUCACCUAGGCUGUGGUCUCUGCAAGAAAGGCCAGGACCAUUCAGUCUGUGCCCCUAACAGACGUGCAGUGGACGUGCUGGGGCAGCGCCUGGCCCUUCACUUAGGAGCCGCUGUCUGCCAGGCGCUGCCCACUGACCGGUGGCCUCCCUGCUCUUGGAGGAAACUGAGGCGUAGGCCUGCCCUGUGGCAGCUUGUUCUCCUACAGCCGGCACGGAAGAGCCUAAAGUGGGCAGAAGUCCCAAGCCCAGACAGUCACUAGUCACUCAGCCACUGCAGCCCUGAGAGUGACAGACUGCUUGCUGCACAGAGCUAGAACGGUGUUGUCUAGGAAUUAGGUUUUUACCCAACAGUAAGUAAUAAACGUUUUAUUUUGGUAACUAAAUGUGGCCAAUUCUGAGUGAUUUUCCAGGCAACAUAUCAAUCAGAAAACAAACUACAGCGACCCUCCUGCGCCUGCGUCUCCCGGGACAGAUGCACAGAACUCGCGGCACACCUGACAGCCCCAACCCUCACCUGCACAGCGCCAGGUCCGUGUUCACUCUGGGCAGAGCUGUGCGGCGUGCAGGAGCGCGUGCCACGCGGGUGACCUGCCCUCCAAGGACCUGCCACAGUCAUGGCAGUGGAAGACAGUAAACACGUGUGCACACUUUGGGUUAUGCAAUGUGCCACUGCGAGCACCGCGUUCCCACAGCAGUGCUGUGCGGAGCAGUCCUCCAACCCAGGAGUGUGGUUUUGUUCUGCAUGCUGGCGGUGGAGCCAGAGCUCAAACACUGAGCUGUAUCCCAGCCCAGAUUAUUUGAAUCCUAGGAAUUAAUCCCGGAAACCCCUGAAACCAAGUACCACCAGGGAAGCAGCUCUGUGCCGCCGCCCCACACCAGGCAGCUGUGGCAAGUCACCAGGACUUCGUUCAACACCCUGCACUGCAAGGUGACAUCGGCCUGUCUGCCACUUCAUGUGUGCUGGACAGCAAGUGAGAAGCGGUGUGGCUCUCCCACGAGGCCCUCCUCCCCCGGGAACACGGCCCGCCUUGCCAGCCAGUACAGGACCAGGGCAACUCCACACAGUCCUGUCUGCGCGUGCAUCAGUCCCAGCCAGCCAGAGGCUUCGGACCAAGCUCUCCUGUGGGCCAGUGUACCCCCCGCCCCCCGCCGUGCUCUGUUCCUGCAGAGGACCAGGUUCUGAAGCAGCACCAGCCUACUGGCAAGGGAAGGGCCUGGCCUGCAGUGGGAAGCAGCACCUUCUCCCAGCUGGACAUCAGAGGCCUGCGACACUCACGCAUACCUCUGUGGACACAGCUGUGUGGGGACUGCUGGGAUCACUUCCAGAUGGCCUGGAAACAAGCUCCUGACCCGAGGCUGUGUGCUUCCGGUAGAGCCAGGGUGAAACUGGAGCAGGGUGGGCACGACAACCCAGAGUGCAGCCUCUCUGUGCCAGAACCCCAGAUGCGCCAUCGCUAGCCUCGGGCCCACAUCCAGGCAGCCAGGUAGUGCCACCAGCCCCAUGCAGGGGAAGCCAAUGAAAGUAAGUGUCUUGUCUUUGCUGUGACACCACCUAUACUGCUACACUAAAACCAGCCUGACGUUUCAUAAGGACAGUCAGGUUUCAGACUAACCACACGCUGAGAGACCCUGGAAACCGAGAUGGCCUCAGUGGUCUGUAGGGGUGAGGGGUGUGGUAUGGUGCUGCCUUAGCGCAAGGCUGCAUCUCCCAGCCAACAGGACAGUCUGCCACCCUGCCCUGAAUCCAUCAGAAAAACCAUCAAAAGCCACCCUUGAGGGGGCAUUCUAAAAAUAAAAGACACAUACAUAAAUAAAUAAAUAAAUAAAUAAAUA